AUGUUUCCACAAGAUAGUUGUGAUGAAGAUCUUGAUUAUGCCAAUGAUGGGAUCAUAACAAAUAACAAUCUUGAAAAUGUAUCUGAGGUUGGUGAAAAUGGGCAUGGUUUCAUUUGGUCAAUGAGUGAAGUUGACCAUGAAGAAGCAUGGAUAAAUUCACUUGCACCCAUACCUGAAUCCAAACUUAUGGAAACGGUUUUUGAUGAUGUUGAAUCCAAUACUGAAUAUGAUGAUAAGAUUUUUGAGAAAGAGGUUGAAGCAAUCUUUUUAAAAGGGGUUCAUGAAAAUGUAAAAGUUGAAUAUAUUUUCCAUGAAAUGCAAUCACUUCGGUUGUCUUACAAUAUGGAUAUUGGGAAAUGUGGUGGUGCUUGGCUUUAUUCCAUGAUGAAAUUCGCACUUGAUACUUUAAAUAAUUUUGGUAAUUCUUUUGUGAAGGAAACGAAUGAUGUGAUAUCACAAUGGGGGAAACUGUUGAAACCGUAUUUCAAAGGUGGUAUUGAUGAAGAAAUUAAAGUGAUAUUGGAAUUUGAGAAAAUGUGUUUGGAGUAUUCACCUUUGUUGUUUGUCCAGGUUUUGCAAGUUUUGUAUGAUAAAAAUAUAAUUCAAGCCCAAGCGAUUCUAAAUUGGGCUGAUGAGAAGGAACAUGUGGAUGAAUUAAAAAGGUUUAUUCAACGCCUCAAAGAGAGAAAAGAUUGA